AUGACUUCUAGGAUAUUAGUUACAGAUAGAGAUAUUUUGUGUUAUCGUGGUCUACCGUCUCCGUUACUCACGUCGCGUCAGUCUCAUAGUUUUGGGAGGCAGUUCUACGGUUGUGCCAAGAGGUUUCUGCUUGUUGCGGCUUCUUCCGGUGGGCUGACAGUCCCUCAUAUUACACUGUCAGCAAUCAUGGGAAUUCAGUGUUUUCUCAGGCAAGGCGCGGGAGGAGAGAGCGAGGCACCAGAGCGGCGGCCUAUGGGGAGAGACUUGGAGCCGCCACCUACAGAUCCGCGGGAACUCAUUUCCAGUGAUGAUGAGAUAGACUACUCCAUCAAGCCUGAGUUUUACGACCCAUUGCUUGAUGUGAAGGAUGAACAGUGGAUGAAUAAACAAAGGAAAGGAAGGACUUCUGAUGCAGUGCUUAGUUGCCCUGCUUGUUUUACUACCCUAUGCUUUGAUUGUCAAAGGCAUGAGAAAUAUGUCACCCAGUACAGAGCCAUGUUUGUUGUAAACUGCACAAUCAGAACUGAUCAAAUCUUAAGAGAGCAGAGUAAGAGCAAAAGGAAAUCUAAAAAACUUUCAGAUUCUGGUAAAUUUCAUCAGGAUUAUAAUGAUAAUAUGGUUUUUCAUCCGGUUUGUUGCUCAGUUUGCUCAACUGAAGUUGGCGUAUUUGACAAAGAUGAGGUUUAUCACUUUUUUAAUGUUAUUCCAAGCAAUUCCUAAGCUUUUGCUGUUAAUCACUGAAAUUAUUUGUUUGCUUUAUAUACAUAAUUUACUAAUUUUCUUGCAGUAAUGUUCAGAAAGUAUGUUUCAAUUGAUAGCCGAAAUGGAAAUGGAUGUUAUUGAUUAUUUUCUA